GAUAAGAAUACACGGUACAAGGUUCUCCAUGCCGAAAAGCCAGUUUUGCAGCUGGGAACUGCGACACAUUUGACAUUUCAGGUCACUUCAUUGGUGCCCGAGAGAUUGUCGCAUACUUACAAGCAGCUGCAUGACUUUGACAUGUUUACAGUGAUAAUGGAAACAAAGCUUGGAACUGCGGACGGGGCCCAGUGGUAACGCGGGCGUCUUGAAUGUCUAACGCAGCAGCGGUUGAGGCCCCGACCAAUGUUGGAGUCUGUCUGCGAAUCAGGCCAGCACUGCGGAGUUCGGCUGACGUAGCUGUUAUCAAAGCGGCUCUGUCGCAUAACCCGUUCUUUGCAGACUGGGACGAUGUGCCACGCCAACGUGGGCAGUGGGGAGCUUCUGAUUCAGCGCGGCGAGGUCGUGAGCGGACUCCACAUUGUGCUGUCCGGCACGUGCGAUGUCGCCGUACCACAUCCCACCAACCCCCGAGGCCGCGCCGAAUACCGCGUGCUCCACGCCGGUGACGUGUGCGGCCUGGAGCCGCUGCUGUCGGACGACCACCGCGCCGCCGCCGGCGUCACCGCGGGCCCUGCAGGCGCGGAGCUGGCGGUGCUGGGGUACAGCUCCUGGGCGGACGUGUGCACGCGCGCGGCGGCGGGAGGGCCGCCCGCAGCCAAGUGGGCCGCCCUGCGCGCCACGCUGCUGUGCACCUUGCUGAGGCAGCAUGCCGCUGCGGCGCCGCAGCAGCGCGCUGGCGGCAGCGGCGGCAAGAGCGAGGCGGCGCAGCAGCCAGCGGCGCAGGGUGGGACCGGCGGCGGUCCGGCAGCAGGGCGGGGCUGCGUCAAGUGGGACACGGAGGUGGAGCUGGCGUCAGUUGUGGAGGUGGAUGAGGCGGCGGCGGCGGCGGCAGCAGCGGGGGCGGGAGCAGCGGGGGCGGGAGCAGCGGACGCGGAGGGGCCCUACGAGCUGCUGCGGCAGGAGCGGCUGGCUCUGCUGUUGGCGUGCUUCACGGGCACGUCCCUGUCCGCCAUGCCGCAUGUAAUGCUCCUGGAGGCGGCGCGCGGCUGCAUGCUGCGGCCGCUGCAACCCUUCACGCCGCUCUACACCGUGAAUGGCGCCCACACCUCCCAGGCCGUGCUGCUGGCUGGCAGCCUGCAGGUGCGGAGCCUGCGGCCCCUGGGGCAGGCCGGCUCACGCGAACCAGCAGCGCGAGCAGCUGUCGGAGCUGGCCCUGCAUGCAGCGCUGGCGCAGUGCCCUGCUCUGGGGGCAGCGGCGCGGCGCCGGCAGCACGACUUAGCGCUGGCGGCGCCGCCAGCGGGCUGUCUGAUGCCGGUCUGGCCUCCGGGGCUGCUGCCAGCACGACACCUGGCGGCGCAGGUGCAGCGGUGGCAGCGACCGGGGCCGAUGGCGAGGGUUGGGGCGAGGCGGCUGUGGGCGAGGAGCUGGAGGAGUUGGAGGAGGUGGACGAUGGCGAUGACGCCGCAGCCACGACUGCGGGCGAGAUGGAGGCAGGCGACGAGGACGCUGUGGACGCUGUUGUGGGGCUGCACGCGGUGGGCGCCGGCGGCGGGAAAGCACAGGUCCCGGCGGAGGAGGCCCAGCGGCGGCUGACGGAGCGCUUUGGGCCGGUGGUGGGCAGCGAGGGCGUGGGCGCGUCGCUGUGUGAGCUGUCAUUGGCCGCCAUCACGGGGGCCAAGGGCCGGCGCCCGCUGCGCAGGUCCAGCCUGGUGACAGGCGCCACGCCCGCACUAGUUCUGGUGAUCCCCGUCGCCGCCCUGCGUCGUGGCUACGGCGCCGCGAGGUCGGCGCUGGUGGCCGCCCGCACGGCCGCUCUGCUGCGGCCGGGGGCCUGGGGCGGGCUGGGUGAGGCGCUGCGGGGCGGCUGCCUGAAACCCGCGGAGCUGUCGGCCCUGGCGCUGGCGGCGGCGCCCGCACGGCUGGCGGCCGGGGCGCUGGUGGCGCGGCAGGGCGCACCUAUUGACGCGCUGUACCUUGUGCAGGAGGGUGAACUACGGCUGUUGGAUGACCCAGAUAGCGCCGCACAGCAGCAGCAACAUGAGCAGGCAGCCGCUGCAGCGCAACCGCCGGCCUCGGCCUUUGCGCUGGCUGCCGUCAGCAGCAGUGCUUCUAGCGGUGCUGGGCCGUCUGCUGUCCUGUCGUCGCUGCUUGCGGACCCGGUGAUUGGCAGUGAGCUGAGCCCCCUGUUUGCGCGUGGGCGUGAAGGCGAAGCGGCAGUGGUCCCAGGCGGCAGCAGCGCAGCGGCGGCAGCCACGGCUGCGGUGACGGCUGCUGUGGCCGUGCUGGGGGGCUCAACCGUGGGUGCCUCGGCAUCGCAGGUGGCCGCCGCACUGAAGAACCUGCCGUCCAUAAUGACGGUCAAUGCCGGCGGCGUGUUCGGGGCAGGGCUGCUGGGGCACCCGGCCGGUGCUGGGGCCGGGACAACGGGUAGUGGCGCCGGGGGCUCUGGCAGCCUGCCGAAGCUGCUGCCAUCUCCCCCCAAGGGGCUGCCGCCAGCCGGCAUUCGCGGGGCCAGCAUGACAGGCGCCCGGCCCCCAGGCCCAGCGUCGCCACUCCUUCUUGGGCGGACUGGGACUGGUGCAAGCAGCAGUGGCACCAGCCGCACGGCAGACGGCGGCGCCGGAAGCGGGCCGGUGGCCACAGUGUCCUUGUCAGGUGCUGCGCCCGGCAGUCCCUCCCUGGUGCCGCAUCCGCCCAGCCUGGGGCGGACCUCGGGCAGGUCAGCAGCGGAGGCCGCGGCGCUUCUGCAGAAGUCGGCCUCCCUCAAAGCCAUUCCCACUCUUCGGCGAUCAGCCUCCAUCUCUAUGCCGGAGGCGCCAGGAACGGAUGCAGGGCCUGCCGUUGGUGCAGCACACGCCUCUCGGGCACAGCAAGGCUCCGCGGCUACCGUAGCGCUGUCGUCCUCAGCAGCAGCAGCGUCACAACAGAACACAGGCGGCUCCGCCGGGGGCGCGGCGACGAUUGUGAAGGUGCAGCAGGGCCGCUUCCCCGCCACAGCUGUGGCGGCGGGCGCGGUGCGGCUGCUGGUGCUGCCGCGUGAGGCGAUAGUGCGGCUGGCGCCGGUGCUCGGGCCGCUGCUGAUGGAGCUGGCAUCGCAGCAUCUGGAGGUGCUGGAGAGGCGGAGAGCGGAGGCGCAGGACAUGCACGCCAAGCUGCCGCAGGUGAUCUCCGUGGAGGGGCUGCCGGCGGCGCCGGUGGUCCGCGACCCCUACGCGGUGACGCGUCGGCGCGCGGCGGAGCGCAAGGCGGCGGUGGACGCGCUCAUGCACGACGGCGCCCCUGUGGUGCGGCCGCCCGAGGUGCUGCCGCCAGAGCAGAUGCUGGCGCGGCCGUCGCUGCUGCUGGAGCGCAUGGGCUUCAAGGUGCCCAAGAUCCGAGGCCUGACGUCGGGCACUGCUUCCGGCGGCGAGUCGGAGCCGGCCAGUGGUGAGCCCAGCCCUAGUGGCCAGCUGGUGGCGAGAGCCGGCAGCAUUAGCGGCGCCCUGGGUGCCGCAGGCGGUGGUGGCGGGCUGGAGCUGCCGCUGGCCCAUGCAGGGUCGCGGGGCAGUAGUGCGGGCAUAGGCGGCAGCCCGCACAGCCCGCACACGCAGUACCGCAGCCGCCUCAGCGGCAGUGGCGUGCCGGGCGCACCCGGCGUGCUGGGCAGCAUGCAUCUCGUGCCGGGGCCUCCGCAGGCGUCAUCACCCAGCAUGCGCUACUCGACAGCGGGCGCGGGGCCGGGCGCGGCCGGCGUGCACCUGCCCCGAGUGCACGCUGCGGCCUCCGCCGGCGGCCUCGACAACGCCUUCCUUUACCACGGGCUCCACGUGCCACAGACUUCCUUUAGCAGCCAGAGCCUCGGAGGCAGCAAACAACAUCACGCGCAGCUGCACGGGGCCCCUGGGAAACGAAGCCUUGGCGGCGGCGACGGCCCGUCCACUGCGCCUGGCUCUCCGUCCGCCGGCCUGCCGCGACUGCGUGUCAGCGCCUCGGGGGUGCACGACUCCCCCUUGCGCCAACGCCUGACAAAUGCAGGGCUGAUGGACACUGGAACGCCGGGGACUGCAUCACCGGUUGCCCGGUACUCGUCAACCGGGGUCGCUCCGCACCCUAGCGGCGGCGGCGGCGGCGCACCUGCAGCAGCACUGCUUGCGGCGGCUCUGGGGUUGACGGGCGGUGCUGGCGGUGCUGGUGGGGGCAGUGGCGUGGCAAGCCGCGCCCACAGCUUCAGCACUCCAGGGCUGCCGCCGCACCUGAUGCCGCAGCAGCUUGGCAGCCCCGUGACUGGCGGCAGCAGUCACCUUCCCGCGCCCGUGUCUCCCUUGCGGAUGCUCGGGAGCGUGGGAAGCGGUGGUGCGGCCGCGGGAGGUGGUGUCGGUGUGGCGGGUGGCAGCGGUUCUGUGCCCUGUAGUCCGUCUGACAGAGGCGCACCCAGGGCACAUGCUUCACCUUUAUGCGCCGCUGAUGCGCUCGGGCACCGGGCCCAGGCGGCAGCCGGGGCAGAUGGUGCUCGCUUCCCAGCUGUGACCAGUGCAAGCUCAUGCAGCAGCAGCCCGCCGCUAGCCCCGCAGCCUCCAGCAGGUGCCGCCACGUCAUCUGGGAAAGCCGUCACGGCUGGCGCCUGUGACGCAGCUGCCAAGGAGGCUACGGCUGCAAAAGGAGCGGCGGCAGCCGCGGAGGCCGCGGCAUGGAUAAGCCAGCUUGACGGGGGUCGGCGCAGUGACAGCGGGUUGCUGUGGCGGACAGCCGUGGUUGCGCCUGCCGCGGCAACCUCAACGCGUGGGGCGGGUAGAGGCACGCCCCACGGUGGGGCGGCCGAGCUGGCCGCGGCGCUGGCUGUGCUGCGAGGCAGCGGAGGGGGAAGCGGGGCUGCACGAAAGGGCUAGCUUGCAUGGUGUGGUGAGCACGCUCUGAAAAUAAAGGUGGAGGGGGUACACGCGUGGGGUACACGCACAUUCGGGUGCAUUGCCACCGCCCCGCUGUGGUUAUGAGGACUGGGCGUGGGACCGUGGGCCAUUCGGCGGAUCCGUGUGGCCGGUGUAAGAUGACGACCGA